AUGGUGCAAGCUUCUGUUCCGGCUUCUCCAAGGGAGAGUGUGAUAGUUGUGAUGGAUGCUAACAGGAGUAAAGGAAGCAUGGAUGCACUAGACUGGGCUCUCAAAAGUGUCGUUCGCCGGCAAGAUACUGUGAUUGUUCUUGGAGUUUCAUGUGCUUUUGGAAAGAAGAAUUCUUGUUUUCCUUUGAACAUGGGCAUUAGCAUCUCUGCAAUAUGGGAAAGAUUGGAGUUCUCAAGCCAGGGGCAAGGAGAAGCUAGACCGAAAGAGCUUGGGGAAGAAAUCGAGAGAAAAAAGAAACAAUAUCAGAAUAACCUUCAACCAUUCUACAGACUAUGUAGAAAGAAUGAGGUGAACAUGGAAGUUAAACUUGCUUUUGGAUUUUGUCCUGAGAAAAUAGCAGUUGAGCAAGCUCAAAACUCCAAUCCUCGUUGGAUUGUAUUAGACAGCAACUUAAAGAAACACAAGGUAAUCAUAUAUGCACAUGUUGGAUGCAACAUUGCUGUAAUGAAUGGGAAAGAUGUAGCGACUUUGACACCAUCAAGAGCUCCCCCGCCUGGAAAUUGCACACCAACGGAUGAUACUACUUACACCACAAACCAAACUGCGGACAAUCAGGAUGGUUUUGCUCCUUCUCAAGACGGAGAGUCGUCAGCACGACCUCAAAGUCCUUGUUGGUAUCCGCUGUCAUGGAGAAAUGGAUUUCCUGGAGCAUUUACUCAAACGGAGCUUGAAGAGAUCACAAAUGAUUUCUCAGAAGAUAAUCUUAUUCGAGUUGAGGAUAACAUAAAGGUUUAUGAGGGGAUAUUUCAGGAAACUCCUGUUGUAAUCAUGUCUUUUCCAGAAAGUGAUGAGCGCUUCUGGACAAUGCUGAAGAUCCUUUCCCGAGUACGCCAUCGGAAUAUAGCAAACCUUGUCGGAUUCUGCUGCACAGGAACUUCACUUUUCUUGCUUUUUGACUACCCCUGCUUAGGAACUCUUGAACUAAAUUUGCUGAAUGACAACUUAGCUAGGAACCUGCCUUGGAAAGCAAGGUGGUAUAUUGCAGUGGAAAUAGGUGGUAGCUUGCGCUAUCUGCAUGAAGAGUGUGUUGAUGGAGGAGCCAUUGUUCACCUCUCUGUUUGUUCCCCUCAUGUUUUUUUCUCUAAUGGUUGCUCUAGUAUGCUAACUGUUUGCCUUCCAUUGCCAUUCAAGCUCUCCAACUUCACAACUGCUAGGUGGCUCGAUCAAGAUAAUGCUCCAAGCAAUGAAGAUACUGUAGCUGAGAAUGCAAAUCUAGAAGAAGAUGAUGUACGUGGUUAUGGGAUGUUACUGAUUGAGCUCAUAAGCGGCAAGAGUGCUCGUUUGCAUCGAAAUGAGAGCGGAGGACAAAGCUUGAUUCAAUGGGCACUGCCACUUCUUGAAAAUGGUCAGAUAAGUGAAGUGUUAGAUCCUAGACUGGAGGAUAACGCUGACAUUAGGGUGGCUUAUCAUAUGGUCAAGGCUGCUUUACUUUGCUUGAGAAGUGAUGCAGAUCACAGGAUUUCUAUGAGUGAGGUCUUAGCUGUGGUUCGAGGUGAUCAGCUUGCCACGGCUAAAUGCUAA